AUGGAGUUGUGUCAGGGAUCAAUGCUCGACUACUGUCGGGGGACAUUAGACAGCGCAGUUGCGUCAAUCGUAAAAGUUAUCGACAUUAUGUGGCAAAUUACCUGCGCUGUUGAGUACCUUGAUCGCCAAAAAAUUGGGCACGGAGAUUUGAAACUGGAAAGUGUGCUCUUCAAAACAAUCAAUUCUGAACCCCGGCGGGUUGUUGCCAAGUUAUCCGGCUAUGGAUACAACAUUCUCCAGUCUGGGAAUAACGUCAAGACGGAUUUCUCCAAACUCGGCUUCUUGUACAUUUCCGCUGCAACUAAAAAGGAGAUCAGACCAAACGGAGCUCUCGCCACCUGGAAUUUGACUGAAAUCGACAUCAAUGCCAAUAAACUUGCGUUAGAAUUGAUUAAUCUUGUGACUGAUGUCGACAAUCCAUUUACUUUUGAAGCCGGCACAUUGCUGCGACAUCCAUUUUUUAUCCGUUAUUGCCAAUUUGCGUUACCAAGACUAAUUAAAGAGCAGGCUAACGAGGAAAUUGUGCAAAGGUUAAAAAUUAGAGGAAACCUUUUAACGUGGAAGAAAUCUUUAGGUAAUGGCCGGCUCCCAAAUGAAAAUUUCAGCGAUCUAGAGAGAAUUCUCUUUUCUGAAAAUAGAGACAUGGAAACUUCGUUAACUGAGGCGUUCAAAAGAACACCUCAAUUACUUUCGCAAUACAUUUGGCAUGUUUCCACCAACUUGGACGCCAUCCCUGAAGGAAAUAAUCAAAUAUCAACUUUUGAGAAAGGGAAGUUUCUAGGAGAAGGGAGUUAUGGAAAAGUAUACGAAUGUUAUUAUACCAACAAAGACGGAAUACGAGUUCUGGCCGCCUGCAAAAAAGCGUCAUUCCGGGUAGACGACGCAGGCAAAGUAUUUGAACGUGAAAUCCGUACCCUUUCGCAGCUGAACCAUUUAUUCGUCACCAAGUACCUAGAAGUCGUAGAAAAGGAUGGCAAAAAGUUUCUUGUUAUGGAAUUGUGCGAUGGAUCCUUAAAGCAGUACGUUCUAGGAAAGCUGGAACGAGUUCCUGCAGGCUCGCUGGACGACAAAAUAAUAAUAAGUCAAGUAUCCCAUGGCCUGGCUUACAUGCACAGCAAAGGCAUUAUCCACAAGGAUUUAAAGCUGGAAAACAUCCUUCUCAAACGUCAUUCACCUGCAUACCGUCUCGUGUUGGCCAAAAUCGCUGAUUUUGGAUUUGCUAAAGAACUGAAACCAGAGUCGUCCAGUUUUAGUGCCACUGACCACCCAGGCACAGAAUCUUACAUGGCCCCCGAACUUCUUCUUGCUUCGCCUGGCACUUACCCGGCCGAUUUUCUCAGCGACGUUUAUGCUUUGGGCAUGACAAUUACGCGGAUUAUGUUGAAAGGAAAACAUCCUUUCACCCCCAACAAAUGUCAACAACUUCUUUCCAUGGAACAGGGUCUGGUUCCGCCAAAUCUUCAACAUCUCAGCUGGGACUUGAUUGAUUUGAUCGUCAAAUUAACAGAUAAAGAUCCAGCAAAACGUCCUAUCAUGCCUCUGGUUCUGUGCCAUCCUUAUUUCACCUUGACAAAUGACAAGACUAAAAGACAUUUCGUCGACCAGCUUUUGACCAAUUUAAAUUCGGAGAAUAGAAAAGAUCAAAUGAAAAAAAUAUUCAACAACCACAAUUUCCAGGAAUGGUACAACACCAUCAUUACUGAUAAGCCAGAAACUGACGAAGAGAUCAUAGAAAUGGAGCAAACCUUGCAAAUGUUCAAAAGUAUUCAACCAGAUUCUACAGUCGAAAGCUUGUAUCCGGCCAGACAAUACAAGCAAACGAUUAAGGAUGCUUUGAAGGCGGAAUACGAUGCUAACGUUGGAAACGAGAUCGAUCAGAUCUCUUCAAAUCACGGUCUGUGUGCUCACGAGCAUUCCAAAAGUCGCACAAUGUCGAGGCUUGAUCCCACAAUGGUUUUCAAAGAAGACAAUUCAGAAAACGAAGACCACUCCGGAAACCAAACUAAUCAGAAAACUGUCAAACACUAUCUUCAACAACAAUUUUCCCGAAAUCGAUUGCACAAGAUGGUUGAAAAGAAACCGGUGCUUAUGGUGUCGUAUUUCUGGUCUUGCUUAGCCAACAUGAUCAAAAACCCGCCCAUCAAUGUGUCGACGACAACAACUGGUCAGCAAAAGCCGACUUCGUCGGGCGGAAGAAAACAUCAAUUGGCGCAAUUGAAAAAUUGGAUUACCAACGAGUUGCAAUGGGCCAGUUUGUUCUACGGCGAUGACGAACAAAUCGCCGAUGAGCUAUGGAAAAUGAAAUAUCCCGGAACUAACGAAACCUCCCAAGAAAAAAGAAAAGAAAUUAUACGAACAGCGGCGAAAUGCAACAUCUCGACAGCUGUUUGGUCAGAACUACUCAAGUGGAUGGAAAAAAACGCUGCAGCUCUGCUUCGUGAAGUAGUUCAAAGCCACGUUCCAAAUGCUCCGAAAAUUGCAGAGAUGAUUCUACAAAAACAUUGGUUCAAGGAAGAAAAACUUUCUUCGUUUCAUCUUGCAGCCUUUAAUGAAGGAACUUGCGCAGACAAAAUAAUGGAAGCAUUGUUUGAUAACAAAAGAAUUCCAACCGUGACUGAAGACGGACUUUCUCCGGCUCACAUCGCAGCCCAAAACGAGUCGAAUUGCGGAUGGAAAAUGUUGAAACUUCUUUUGGAUAACGGAGCCGACCCAAACGCUAGUUUCCAAAACGGAACAUCACCCGUCCAUUGGGCAGCCAUGAAUCAAGGAAAUUACGCAGCCGAAAUUCUAAAAUACCUACUCGAUCACGGUGGCGAUAGCGAAAAGAUGGACAAAAAUGGUCUCAAGCCAAUUCAUUACGCAACGUUGAAUACUAGUGAUUCAGCGGUGAAACUGUUGGACUUGCUCCUCAAAAAUCGAGGUACCAACGUCGUCAAGAGUACUGGAUCUACGUUACUUCACUUGGCAGUGUUGAACGAAGGAGAUCGCGAUCAAGGAAUCCUGAAAAAGUUACUUGAAAAUAGAGAAAACCCCAAUGUCGGAGAUAACGAAGGACGUAUCCCUCUUCAUUUAGCAAUAAGUGACGAAAGAAUUCAGCAAGUUGAAACUAUUCGACUUCUUCUACGAUACCGCAGCAAUCCGAAUGCUGUUGAUCAAUCAGGAUUGACACCUGUUCACUACGCAGCAGCUAAUGAAGGAGAAUAUGCUUCUAAAAACCUGCAACUUUUGUUGGCUUUCAAUGGAUCUUUGGCUAUUAAGGAUAAAGACGGACUCACCCCUAUUCAUUACACCAUAACCAACAGAGGCAAAUGUGGGGAUGAAAUGAGAAAACUAGUUGGCGUAAACCCGGCAAAAACAAACGCUCACCUCAACAGCAAUGGUGAGGUGUUGCUUCAUUACCUUGCCGGUAAAAAUGACGGCCAACUGGAACUUGUUCAACUGGUAAUCGACAAUGGAGGCAAUCCGAACGCAACAGACAAGUUUGGACGUUCACCUGUUCAUUCAGUCGUCAUGCUGAACGAAUCACUUGCGGGACUAGACAUUUUGCGGCUGCUGCUUGCAAAAGGAGGAAACGUUAACCUUCAGGACAGGGGAAAAAAUUUACGCCUGUUCAUUAUGUGGCAUCUAGCUUGA